AAAGCCAGGUCGACUCCUUUACUCUGACUAACAAAGGGCACCCCUAGCAGAUGAUUUAGGAAUAGCAUGUUAUUAAGAAUUUCAAUUUUGUAUCUUUUAUACAUUUUCUUAACUAUCAAAUUUAUCAGGCGGACUAGAUUGUAGACCCUACCGGUCCAGUUUUGACCCACGGCCGUAAAAUGUGACAUCCUAUUCUACAUUCUAACUCUAUUCUAAACUUCUAAACUUUUUUUGCACUUCUAUAAAUCCAUAUAAUUUCAAACUUGAUAAUAAGUGUAUUUGUAGUUAUAACUAAAAAAAAAUUAUCGAUUUUAUUAGUAUUUGCUAAUAUGUAAUUUUAAAAAGCGAGUAGGGCUUGGAACCAAUAAGUCUUGGUGUAAAUAAAAUAACACAGUGACAAAGCGAAAGAUGUUUUUUUUACAGGCACAUCUACUGUCUUAGUAGGAGAACAAACUACUAACAAACCUUUACAUUAUUAAACCAAAAAUCUAUUUAACUAAUACAAUGAUAAACUAAUAUAAACUUAUGUACCCUUAAAAGUAAAAUAAAGUUUAACAGCGUGUGCUGAGCUCCCGUGACCCGUGACGUCACCGGGUCAAGUGUCUUGACCUCAGUUUGACUUCAGGUGUUUUUUUUACUUGCGUGCUUUUUCUACUGAAAGUAAACAAAUGGACUCCGGGCAGUUUUGCGGUAAAAACAUGAAAAAUGGGAGCGAGUGGAUGGAAGUGAAUGUACUAAAAUGCCCGGACACAAGAGGAGAUACAAUGUCCGCUUCCCACCGAGUCGUAUUAAGAAAAUUAUGCAGAAGGACACAGAGGUUGGGAGGAUUGCCAUGGCCGUUCCUGUAAUCAUCUCUCGAGCCCUGGAGAUGUUCCUCAAGUCUCUGUUGACUAAAACCUGUCUCGUCACUCAGUCCAAACUCAGCGGUGUGGUCUCAGUGGCUCACAUGAAACAGUGCAUCGAAUCAGAGAAACUCUUCCACUUUCUGAAAGAGUUGGUGGAGCGAGUGACGUCUACGACAGCCCAGAGGGACAACAGAGGACUGAGUGUGUGGCCACUGUACAGGACCAAACAACAUCAAUUGUCUGUCAAAAACAGCGCUGAUGUCGGUCAAAUGAAACAACAGCGUCAGCAACGAAGGAGCAUAGAGUCCAUCGACCAUGACUCCAGCUCCAGCUCCGAGACGGAGCUUUACAUCUGUCUGUAAUUUGUUUUACGUUACCCUGAACUUCUGAUCACUGGGUCGUACUACAAAAGGAAUAACUGAUUUAGACAUCAGAUUGUUUUUGCUGAUGAAUCUCAAAUCAGAUUUUUUUUUCUUGAACAAGACUUUCCUUUUUUUAUUUUUUUUCUGAAGACAUUUAAUUCAGUUUGCUGUUUUAAGCUGCUGUGAAAAAAAGAAAUGAAUAUGAAUGUUGAGAAAUGUACACAGGAGGAAAUUAUGUAAGUCUUGUCAUUAUUUGUUUUGUUUUGAUGGUAAAUUAUUGUUCGAAAUCCAUGGUUUGGUUUUUCAGUCAGUUUUUUAUAAACCUAAAAA